CUUGAUCCCCCUUCGUCUCGUAAUCAUUUCCAGCAUUGGGUUAGAGCAGUUUGCAGGGACCUCGGUGAACAGGUAAUUUCCUUGUCUGUAGGGAAUCACCCCACAGAAACAAACCCAUUUCCAGCAGUAGAGAAUGUUGAAGUGAAGCUGGCCUGUUCCCCCCUCUCUCGAUUUACUGUUACUCCUGUAUAUAAACAUUCCCAUAAGGAUCUUCUCUGUCCUCUGAUGCAGCAAGACAAACAAGUGAUUCCAGUUUCCAACUACCAAAACCAGUUGGUACAAUUAUCAGCUUAUGACCGUCAUGGAACAAAGUUUGAUAAUUUCAGCUCCUUGGCCAUUUACUGGGACUCUUCC